AAUGCCUUUUGCCAUUCGUCGUCAUCGGGAUUGGUUGUUUAGCGUAGGGGAUGAUCGAGCACUUCGUGUUUGGACAAUGGAUGGACUUCAGAUUGGCGAAAUAUAUGGACACGGUGCUCGCCCUUUUGUGCUGGAACUUUUUGAACGAGAAAAAAUGGUUUUUACGGGUGGGGUUGAUGAGUACUUAAAUAUAUGGCGAUGGACAGAGGAUGAGGAUCAUAAAAGAAUUGACUUGAGGCCGGAAAGACGUAUUGAAUUUGGUUCUGAUUCACUUGGCACGAUUCAAAGCAUUCUUCCAAUUUUUAAAAAUGAUUCGAAGAUUCUUAAUCUGGUAUUUUUUAAAAAAUUAAAAAAAUUUUGCGGAUGUCCGCAAAAAAAUUUGCGGACUUUUUUUAUUUCCUUUUUACAGUUAAUUUCAUCUCGGAUGGGUGCUUUGGUUAAUGUUCGUCUUCCUCUUUCUGAAGUUGAUGAUCAUUUUUCUGGUUUAGAGCCAAAACAUGUUUUUGAAUUUGGCUUGAACCUAAAUGCAUUUGUUGUAACAAAAAGUAAAAAUCCUUUCUCAAUGUUGUUUGCUCUGGACGAGUUAAGGUUUAUAUUUAAAAAUUUUUGAA